GGCAGGGAGCGAGGGCACGGCCGGUGCUCGCCGCCCCUACGCGCCAUGGGAGCGGGCGUCAAGGGACCGUGGGGCCGCGGGGCUGUGGGGACAUUGCCCACCCCAGGACGGUGACAGGGCAGAGACCGGCUGGGAGCACCCGCUCGCCACCUCCCUGUGUCCUCUCUUCCCAGAUUUGACCUUUCCAGAGCCUUCGGCCCCACCAUGGGGUGGCUGUGACGGAGAGGCGACACAGUGGGCAGCGGGGCAGGACGUGCGCUGGAGGCGUUGGAUGGGAACGGUGGCUUCCCAAAGGACACAGCUGGGGACGGCACCGUCCUGCCCCCAGCUCUAAGGAUGCACCGGCUUCUCCUGCUCAGUUCCCUCUGGCUCUUGGUGGCACUCCCAGCAUCAAGCAUCUUUCAGCGGCCGACGGGGAGCCCAGCCCCCUCCCACCUGCAAUACCUGCUGGAGCCCCUCCACACCACGGUGCACACGCAGCGGGGUGCCACGGCCACCCUGCCCUGUGUCCUGCGCGCCCUGCCCCGCAACUACCGGGUGAAGUGGAGCAAGGUGGAACCAGCCAACUACCGGGAGAACAUCAUCAUCAUCACCAACGGGCUGUACCACAAGAACUACGGGCCACUGAGCCCACGGGUGCACCUGCGGCACAGCCACCGCUACGACGCCUCGCUCACCAUCACUGAUGUAACUCUGGAGGACGAGGGACGCUACCGCUGCCAGCUCGUCAACGGGCUGGAGGAUGAGAGCAUCUCACUCACACUGCACCUCGAAGGCAUCGUCUUCCCCUACCAGCCCAGCAACGGGCGCUACAAAUUCAACUACCACGAAGCCAAGCGAGCCUGUGAGCAGCAGGACUCCCGCCUCGCCACCUACCAGCAGCUCUACAAAGCCUGGACAGAGGGUCUGGACUGGUGCAACGCCGGCUGGAUCCUCGAUGGGACUGUCCACUACCCCAUCAUCAACUCACGGGAGCCAUGCGGUGGCCGCCUCCUCCUGCCGGGUGUCCGGACCUAUGGGGCCAGGGACAAGCAGAAGGACCGAUUCGAUGCUUUCUGCUUCACCUCUGCUCUUCAAGGCCAGGUCUACUUCAUCCGGGGCCACCUAAACUUCAAGGAGGCUGGGCAAGCGUGCCGCAACCAUGGGGCUGCCAUCGCCAAAGUGGGGCAGCUCUACUCUGCCUGGAAGUUUUCCCAGCUGGAUCGCUGUGAUGGGGGGUGGCUGGCGGACGGCAGCGUGCGGUACCCCAUCACCACCCCCCGUGAGCGCUGUGGGGGGCUGCCGGACCCCGGCGUCCGCAGCUUUGGCUUUCCCAGCAAGGAGCUGCGGACCUAUGGUACCUACUGCUUCGUGGGGAAGUAGGAAUGCUGGGCGGAGAGGUGGGCUGAGCAGAGGGGAUGGUGGUGGUGGGAUGCUGGCCCUCAUCCCCCCGGUGGAGGGCUUGAGGGGGCUAUGACAGGGGGGGUCUUCCUGGGAUUUCAGGUCGUUCGGGCAUCCUCCAAUGGAGCAAGCGAUAGAGCUGAGUUUGGAUGCUUGGUGCAUCCUCUGCUGCAGCUGCUCCCCAUGCCCCAGCCUGCUCCGGGGCUCCUUGGGUGCUGGGGACUCGCUGGAGAAGCCAGACCCAUUGCUGGGCCAGGAAGGGGGUCUAAUCCAGCCCCCCAGCAGGCAGCACAGGCUUCCCACACCCCAACCCCGGUGCAUCGCUCACCCCAUCCUCACUCCCCGCAGCCACAAGGACUCUGGCUGGUGCAAGUGUGCUGGAGGGCCGGGCAUUAACGAGCGUGACUAAUGGAGUUUCGCCUUCUCAAUUAAUAAAGCUGCACAGCAAAGCCACGCUUUCACCUGGCCUCCGCCCCCCAGGGACCAUCUGGCCCCUCAACGAGGGGAAUUUGACAAAGACUUGCCAUCUCAAGCAGGGGGGUAGCCAACCUGGCCCCCCCUGGCCACCCUGUCCCAGGGGUUAUCAGUGUUCCUGGUGACGCACACCGGGGGUUUCUGAGUUUUGCUGCUUGACACAGCCAGGGAGAACUAUAAAAAGCACCGAAGCUGGCACGGCACAGGGGGAAAACCAGCGUGGGGAGAUGCCAGCAUCCCCUGGCACCUGCGAGAUGUCCCCCAAUGUGCUGGCCAGGAGCAGCACCCCAGCCUGAGCCCUGAGCGAUCCCAGUCCCACCAGGAUGCAGGGGCACUUUGGGCUGUGCCGCCCCAUUUCUGUGGUCCCUGGGGAUGCUGCUGUGCCAGGGGUGAUCCGGCUCCACGGUGCUGGUGUGUGCUGCCAUGGUCCCCAGUUUGGGGCUGUGCAGCCUACCCUUUCGCACCCCCGUGCCAGAGCUGCCCCAAAUGACCAGGCCACCACUCUGCACCAUCCGUUUACUGGUUUUAAUACCCACAGAGAGGGGGGGUUGGGUGACACGGACCCACUCCAAGCCCACAGCAGCAGCUUCUGCCUUUGCUGGGAAGUGCAAAAGCUCCCCCGCACCCCAGGGUGGGGUGCUGAGCUGCAGCACCGUUGGAUGUCCCCAUGUCACCUCCCCGCCAGGGUGUCACAGGAUGAGGAUCCUUGGGCCAGAGGUGGGAGAAGGCAGCUGGGGGUGAUGCUGUCACAUCAAUGCCAUCACCGUGGUGUCGGCCCCCCGUCCCCCGUCCCCCCC